UACUACUGACUCGGAAGUGCAGCAUGCGUUGGUGCACUUAUACACCCUUUUCGUGGCAAUCAGUACAGCGACCUUUAUCUUGAUUGUCCGGACGACUUAGAUAACUGAAUACUUUAGGUAUCCUGAUAUACGACCAUAUGAUGACUCUCCCAGAAGAAAUCAUGUUUAUCUGGUGUCGUCCGAAAGCAUUGUCUGCAGUGUUAUUUCUCAUCAAUCGCUAUGUUGCCGUGCUCGGCAAUACCCUUGACCUAGCUAGCAAUUUUCUGCCCGUUUCGGCCAAGAGGUUUCAACCUUGCUUCUUGGAUAUCUACUAUUUUACUCAACAAAGACUUAGCUGUUCGAAAUACCUGCUGGUCAUACACGGGUUACGUCUUUUCCAACAAGUCUUCAUUUGCAUCACAUUGACUCUUCGCACUUAUGCUCUCUACGGCUGCAACAGGCGCCUGCUUAAAUGGAUGUUAAUCAUCGGCGUUGUUCUCAUAACAGGAGCGUCGGUGGGAGCUUUUGGACACGAUUCGGCAAAGAGUGUGGCCAACGGCGACUGCCAUGAAAUAUACACAACAGCGACAUCGAUCCGUCAUGGGACGACAUGGGUAGCAAUGUUUAUCUACGAACUACUCAUCUUUGUCCUCACAGUCUUUAGGACUUGGAAGACUAGGGGAUUGCCGCGGUUCUCUUUGAUAUCCAGGAAAGAUAUUCUUGAUGUCAUAUUUCACGAUGGUGUGAUAUACUUUGCAGGGAUGGCAUUGGUCAAUUUACCUAAUACUUUGACGUACUUCUCUGGUCCAGAUAUCAUUAUAGGCAACCUGAACGCAUUUACUACUUGCAUAUCUGUCACUCUGAUUUCUCGCCUGAUGCUUAACCUGCACAAAUGUAUUGACACUGGCAUUUUAUCUACUUCUGCCGAGACCGGCUCCGAUGUCCUCACCACCGAGGUCGACAUAGAGCUCGUGGAUUCCUCAAACCAUCCAUAGACUGGGGUUGGGUUCUGUUUAUAGAUGCGAAGUGGCGGAGACUGUCGUUGGAAGUUAAACGUUAAACCCUGCUCUUUUAGUUCUUUUCAAAUCUUGGAGGCAGCAUGGGUAUGUUAGACAUGAAUGUAGAAACAUCUCAUUUAUUGUUAUUAUUACCUUUGCCUUAUGAUAAUAGUAUAUAGUUUGCACGUACGUUAUGAAUUGUUGGCUAAUUCGACUACUUAUUCAUACGCGUUCUGCGACAUUCAUGCCGGUCGUUACACGUGAAGUUUCAUGGCUUUCGGACAAACUCGUAACCAUUGUGACAGGUUCAACGGAGCUUCCCUUUUUGGACGUGUAGUAACCACCGACUUCUACCUCCAG